GCUCAGCUUUUAGUCCAAGUUUUAGAGGCAAUGGCAGCAACAUGAACAGGGCUCGAGAGGACAGAGAAAUGAUGACCGACGGACUCGAUCUGAACAGGACAGCAGCUUUAGGACUGCAUGACCAGGACAUGAACACAGCUGCUUUGUUUGGUGGGCUGUUUCUUUGAUGUGGUUUAAAUAUCACUUUAUCGUCAGCGUAGAGCGUAACUGGCUUGAAGAUGUCUUAGUGUUUCUUUUCAGUGGCAUACCUGUUUUAUAUUUUCCCAGAGUUCAAAGUGUUCAACAUUGUCAUCAUCGCUUUGGCCUGUGGUAUCCUCACCGUGACUGGACUGUACUGCAUCAUUGCCUGCUACAACCGAACAAGGUAGGGCCUGAAUAUUCCCUCAAUUUAUCAUCUACCUUCACAAAACAAAUCUUGUUUUCAACUCAAUUUGAAGGCAAGAAUAUUUGACAUUUAACAACCACUUUAAUCUCUUUAUUCUGAAUGCAAACAGAAAAGAAGUCAAUGUGAGAUAAUACUGAAGUCAUUAGUGCAAUAACCUUCCUGUCCUUCACCAGGCAGUCAAAGAGGGCCCAUUUGUAUGAGAGCGCAGUGACCCAAGGCGAGCCAGCUGACCCUGUGGCAGUCAAAGCAGUAAAGAGGUCGACCAGCUUCAUAAACCCUCUUGCCUUCUUCAAGAAACAAGACCCAGCCAAGGAUAACAACAAGAUCUACUACAUCUACAGUAACCCACUGCCCGUGGGGCUGAAGGAGGAGGAGGAGGAGAGCAGGAGCAAAGCCCUGCAGGUACAGGAGGAGCAAACACUGAAAAUGACGCUGCCACUGUCCAUUGAAGAGUACGCCAACGAUCCCAACAGUGGAGUCAUCCUGGACCCACCCAUUUUUUACAUGCAGCUUUAGAGGUGGCAAAGGAGACACAGCUACAUUUUAUAACCUGAAAGGUCCAAGGUUCAACCUCUGCAGCUGUUGUGAUCUAAAGACAUCAUGCACAAGCAAUCAUCACGCACUCCACUCAGCGUGCAAAUUAAAAUCUGCCGGGUCACAAUCACCACUCAGACCAUGUAGCUUGAUGAUGUCAGCAGGAUUUUUUGCAGCAUACGAAUGAAGAUGACAAUUUGAUCAUACAAAAACCUGCUUUUGAGACAUGGACAUGUACUGAGUUUGAAGCUGAAGGUUUCAGACAAGGAUCACAGGAGCCCUGUUAGAGCUCGGUAUAAAACAAUGACCUGAAAUUUAAUUAAAAAAAAUUUAAUAAAACCUGAAAUGUAAUAACUGGUCGAUAAUGUAACGAGAUGCUGAGCCUGAUUCGUAAUAUUUUUUUGCCCAAAAUGUAACAGACUGCUACAUUUUGGAUCAGUUUUUACAUUUCGGGCUUUACCACAUUUUUUAUAACAUUUUGGGUCAAGUUACAGUACAUAUCAGGCUCUAACAGGCCCUCAAGUUGCCGUUGAAUAUUUAAAUGCCUGGCUCUUAUUGGAACCUUAAACUUAGCUUGUUUUAUCCACUGAUGCUUGUGAGUUUUGAGAAAGUACUACAGUCAGUCUAUGGUGACUCUUAUAUUUUUACAUUUUAAUCUCAAGUAACUCCAUAUAAAGUUUUAAAGUGUUCAAACUAAAACUGUGAGUGGUCAGAUGUGUUUUCAAGGGCGUGUAUCAUUUUGGACAAUGCAACUAGAUGGAACACUGUCAUGACAUCAGUGGUAAAAGGGCUUAGCCAGUAGAAACUAUGAUUUUGUUUUUGUGUCUUGAGGGAGAAGCUUGUUUUAAAGUUGUAGGGAUUUGAGAUUGUUUUAGCUCUUACUGUUUUGUUUGUAUCACUGAUGAUUAUUUCUGUGGAGGUACACUUCUUUCUCCUCCCGUUGUGAAAAAGUAAAGAACUUAUUUGUUAACAGCGCUGUCAGUCAUUGAUCUGUCAUCCUCUCUUCAUAAUCAAAUAAAUUAAAUAAACUGAAUUUCUCAUACAAAAUUAUCACUUUCUCAUAAAUCAGCAUGAUAAAAAAUUAAUGCCAUGACAGAAAGCCGAUUUAACUAAAAGCAAUGACAUAUAACCUGUAAGUUUUAACCGUUUUCUGUCUUUUAUAUUGUAGAAGGCUGACUAUGACAUACAGCGCAGCCAGUCACAUGAUCUCUAUGUCUGCCACCAGUUUUGCUGUUCCAGUUGGAUGUCAAAGCUAAAAUUCUCCACAUAUCUCCACUCUGGAUGUUUUUCAAGUGGUUUUGAAAUGUCUUGUUGGGUACAAAAAAUGCCGUCAAAAUUUUGUCACUGCUCCAGGAUACACUAGAAAACACUUAGUGAAGUGCUGGAGUGAGGAUGCUAAUAUUUAUUAUAACAUUAUGAUCAUUGACUGUAUAUUCUAUAAAUAACUUGGUUCCGCCUUCUGUCAUUACACGAAUUUGAAGCCAGAAAGCUCUCAGUAAUUCUGCGUUUUUUCUCCACUUCCUGAAACCAACAUUGCGCAGUAGCGUUGUACGCACUCACCGGGAGAGUUGCUGUGAUGAUACUCUGCUCAAACAGCGUAUCCCUCGGUUGAGCUACUCAAUCUUUGUACGCCCAUAGGCUGUAUCAAGUGUCAAUCAUAGAAAACAUGAACCCCCUAAUAACUUUUAAAGAUGGAGCUGCACAGAAAAAAAGGACUUGGGCACAAACCAGUCUUACAGUAAUUACAACAUUGCAACCAGGGAGAGAAAAAUUUAUAUUCUGUGUAAUUCAUUUCUAAAGUUUGUCCAAAGCUCCAUAGGGAUUGCUGGAGGAGGCGGGAUUUAUGACCUAUACUGCAGCCUAUCACCAGAGGGUGUUGUUCUCAGGGUGGCUUCACCCAGAGAGGAGGCAGACGGCGUUCAUUCUAUAUACAGUCUAUGAUUAUGAUGCUGCUACGCUCAGUAUCUGAAGGUGAGAUACUUACUUUUCAAUUCUCAAGGGACUACAUCUUCCUGCAAAGUCCCAAAAAUCUGCAUGACCACAAAAAAACAUAACAGGUUUGCUCGGCAGUGUGCAUGAGGCUUUCACUGUUCAAAAGAGCUGAAGGUCAGACACAAAAUGAGGCAUGGUGGAGCUCUUUUUAUGUUUUUUUUAAUGAUUAUUAAUAAAACUGCUGAUACAAUGUGCUUUACAAAAGAAGCAGAGAGUGAGAUACAGAGCAAGAUGAGAAAAGUACAAACGCUUAUCACGGCAGAGUAAAUGAUCAGUCAGACAAUAGUGAGUUUUCAGAUGAUCAGCUGCGUCUCUCUGAUCAGCCACUCUAACGCGUUCUUCCUACCCUGCCUCUCCAACUCUGCUCCGAUUACCUCCCGGCACUUCCUGUGGUACUCGUUCACCCAGUCCCGCUGCAGGGCAGAGAGCAAAGGUUAUCAAAGAGCCAUCCAAGAAUCAUGAUGGUAUCUUUUAGUGAUUUAAACCCUAAUAGGAAAUGCAUUAUAUUGAUUAUAUCUGAUCACUGUCUUACUUUAACAGUGAUGGGUUGUUGUAUUUCAGGGAUUUAUGAAAUACAACAUUCAACUUUCGCCAUUAAAAUAUUGAUCACGCA